AGCUACCGGUCUACGACGAUGAAGCUGCUCUGCAUCCUCCCGGUUCUCCUCCUCGCGUGCGUGGAGCCCGCCGCCUCGUCCGUCCAGAGCUACGAUUCCAUCUUCAGCUUCGGCGACUCCUUCGCCGACACCGGAAAUGACAUCGUCGUUUUCGCGGAGAACUCGCUGGUGACCCCUGCCGCCGAGCUUCCCUACGGCAUGACAUUCUUCGGCCGCCCCACGGGACGCAACUCCAAUGGCCGCCUCAUCAUCGAUUUCAUUGCUGAGAAGCUCGAGCUGCCGUUCGUCCCGCCCUAUCUGACGCACAACGGCAGCUUCCGCCGAGGCGCCAACUUCGCCGUCGCCGGCGCCACCGCUCUGGACGCCAGUUUCUUCAGAGACAUCCCGGGUGUGGGCCAGUUUGUUCUCAACUCCAGCUCCGGCGUGCAGCUGCGGUGGUUCGACUCCCUGAAGCCAUCGCUGUGCAGCCCAGAACAAGCGUGCCGGUGCUUCUUCAAGAAGUCACUCUUCUUCAUGGGGGAAAUCGGCUUCAACGAUUACAGCUUCGCUAUUUUCGGAAUGAACACUACGCAGCUCAGAUCCAUCGUCCCAGACGUGGUCAAAACCGUCUCCGCGGCCAUUGAGGUAGUAAUCAAACAGGGGGCGAGGACCGUCGUUGUUCCUGGGAUCCCUCCCCUCGGAUGCACGCCGCCCAACUUGUUUUUCUUUCCUAGCACCGACCCGGCAGGCUACGAGAACAGCACUGGGUGCCUCAAAGAUCUCAACGAGAUAGCCGUCCACCACAACUCCCUGCUGCAAGAGUCACUCAAGAAUGUACGGAGGAACCACCCCAUUGCCAGGGUCGUCUACGCCGAUUUCUUCACCCCAGUCAUCGAGAUGGUGCAGUCUCCUGACAAAUUUGGACUUAUACAAGAUGUUCUUAGGUGUUGCUGCGGUGGAGGUGGGAAGUACAACUUCAACAUAAGCGCCGGCUGCGGUAUGCCCGGCGCCACGGUGUGCGAGGACCCGUCUGCAUACUUGUUUUGGGAUGGACACCUCACGGAGGAGGCCUACCGCUAUAUUGCCAAAGGCUGGUUGAAUAGCAUAUACAAUUUGGAAUACUAG